UUGUACCUCCAUGCUGCCUCCCUCUCUGGUGCUGCUGCUAACCACAAUGGCCAGGCUCGUAUGAGGGAGCUGCCCCUGUCAGUACAGUAACAGACGCGCCUCAGCAGCAACAGCAACGGCGGCGGCGGCGGCGGCAGCAGCGGGGGCGCAUUCACCGAGACGCAAGAGGAGGAAUAGAUAUGGCACACAUCUGAGAAAUAAAGGUCAAUGUGGCUACUAAGGCGGCUAUCUGGAGUAGUUGUCAGUCAUCGUGGAUUCCUAAGGCCCAUCUCUAUAGCAACCCACUCCUCCUUCUGAGUACUGCUGCCAACUUACCCUCUCUACCACACAACGAAGCUCUCCUCAUCCCCCGGGCCAAUUGCCGGCUCUGAACUGCGUUGGAAUGGACACUGAGUCGACACACUCGGGCUACUCCUAUCACUCCAGCCGCUCCGGGAGAUCAAACCGACAUGGGGAUCGAAGCCGUGAGCGGCACAAAGCCAGCAGCAGCAAAGACAGCAGUCGCUCUGAGAGGUCCGUCGUCAUCAACCCCCCUGACACCCCCUCCCAGGACUCCCCCGUUCACAACGGAGAGCCGCUGCCAGGAGAGCCCACACCAUCAGCAGAUCUUGGAGAUGAGGCCCAGGAUGAUAACUGGGGGGAAACCACCACUGCAGUGACAGGCACCUCAGAGCUGAGUAUAUCCCAGGAGGAAGUGGUUGGACUGGGGAAGGGAAUACAGGACCGGACCCAAGGUUUCCGCCGUUACCUUCCCCUGGCUGUGGGCCUGUGUGUGGGGCUGCUGGUGGUGGCCACACCCUUGGUCUUCCUGCUUCUUCCAGCUGUGAUGUGGGCCGACAGACUGCAGGCUUGUGGCGCAGCCUGCGAGGGCCUCUUCCUCUCCAUCUCCUUCAAGCUCCUCAUCCUACUGGUGGCCAUUUGGGCCUUGUUUCUCCGACCAGGCCGCGCCAGCCUGCCCAGAGUGUGUGUGUACCGUGCCUUCCUCACCACACUUACACUCUUGCUCACCAUGUCUUAUUGGCUCUUUUACGGGGUCCGGAUCCUUGAUGCUCAGGACGAGGACUACCAUGGUAUCGUCCAGUUUGCGGUGUCCCUCGUGGACUCGCAGCUGUUUGUCCACUACCUGGCCGUGGUGCUGCUGGAGCUUCGUCACUUGCAGCCCUGCUACAGCGUGUGUGUCAUGCGCUCAACUGAUGGAGAAACGCGUCACUACAACAUAGGACAGCUCAGCAUUCAGAAGGCUGCUCUGUCCAUUUUGGAGUAUUACUACAGAGAUUUUCCACUCCAUAACCCAGCACUUCUGUCUGCCUCGAAGCACCGGGCUGCCAAACACCUGGCCGGGCUAAAGGUCUACAACGUAGACGCCCCGGGGAGCACAGCAGGAGCGCAGCCUGGUAAUGGGAAUCAGUCACGGGCCAUGGUUACAGCUGCCAGCAAACGCAAAGACACUGCCCACAGUGAGCUAUACUAUGAAGAGGCCGACUACGAGAGAAGGGUCCGUAAACGUAGAGCCAGGCUGGUAGUGGCUGUGGAGGAGGCCUUCACACAUGUCCGUCGGAUGAAGAAAGAGGAUGAGCGUGCGACACCGUCUGACAUUAUGGAUGUACGUGAAGCAGCUCUGGCUAUAUUUCCGUCUAUGGCCCGUGCCCUGCAGAAGUACCUCCGCACCACCAGGAGGCAGCACUGCCACAGCAUGGAGAGCAUCCAGAAGCACCUCGCUUUCUGCCUCAUCAAUAACAUGAGCCCUAAGGCCUUCCUUGAAGCCUACCUGGCCCCUGGCCCGACCCUGCAGUACGGCCCUGAGCGCUGGAUGGCUGACCAGUGGACUUUGGUAAGCGAGGCUUCUGUCACCGGCGGCAUAAAGGAGGGGACAGAGUUCCUGCUGAGGUGUCUUGACUUUAGUUUAGCUGUGACCGUCAAGAGCAUCCCUUACAUCCGACUGACUGAGGAGUUCAUCGACCCCAAGUCUCACAAGUUUCUACUGCUGCUCCAAUCAGAAACCUCAGUUUAACGGUGACACAGCGGACCAGUGCUGCUGAUCUGGACUCACAGGACUGUUACAUUUAUCCGAUUUUUCAAAAAUAGCUUUUUGUACUGUUUUUUGUACUUAUGUUUGUGUAAUUUUCUCACAUAGAGUAUCUUUGUGUCCUUGUCUUUGUCCCGGGCGACAUGGAAGAUGAUAAAAGACAGAAAGCGUGAGGGAAUAUGCUUGGCUUUCUCUGUCCUGACAUUUGCAGAACACAGUUCAGGUAUUCCUCUAUGCACGACAGAUGACCCUCACACAUUUUCUUCUCCCUGUAUUUGCAUGUGCCAGUGUGUGCCUGCGUGGGAGAGUUUAUCGUUUCGGAGGAGUAUGUGAUCUAGGAUGCGAAAGUGUGUGUGUAUGUGUGUGUUUUGAGUGUAGUGUACACCCGGGAUUUGUCUCGACCUGUCUCUUCUUUCUCCUUAGCGAUGCUAAUGACCAGGACAUUUGAUAUAACCCUGAACCCUUUUCACCAAAACUCUUUCCAAUCUUAGCAAUGAUUAUUUAACUGUCCUGUAUUACAGAUGUAUGUACAGUAUUUAUAUGUGAAUAUACUUUAUCCCUUUACUUACCUUUACCUGUACUUUUUAUAUCAGAAUUGUGCAUUGCUUGAAUAAUUUUUUUUACCUUGUCAAAGAUUUUUUUUACCUUGUCUGUCUGCGCUGUAUUUGUGGAGAUAACUGGACUGUAAAUAGAUGAAGACAUGUUUGUAAAUGUCAGACAAAUCACUGGAGUCUCUCGGACUGAAUGCCAACCACAGUACAGCUGAGUAUAGAUGGUCUAGUCAAUAGAUUAUGAAUAAACACAUGUGGCUGCUCAUUAUCUUCGCGUUUGUAGUUAAGUGUGUGCAGUGUACACAGAUCUUUUUGUAGACUAGCAGAGGGACUAAAUGUUUGGACAGCUAUAAGGUUCAUGUGUUUGAACUUUUUUAUCUCUGUUAAAAGCCUUUUGCUAUUUAAUUUCAAAACAUACGGCCCUGAUUUUCAUCAUAAUUCAUCACAAAGGGGGUGUAUUAUUACAGCUUUUCUCUGCAUACUUGAAAUCAGUCAGCAAAGUGAAUUAUACCCCACCAUAAGCAUAAGAAAAUAACCUAAAGGAAUAUUUAUUUCAGCAUUUCCAAAAGAUUUAGGACAUUCUCUCCAAACCCCUCUCUAAUAGUCAAGUCUUAUCUCAUGCUGGCAAAUGUUUAAACAAGUGUUGUAAAUCAAUAAUUUAGUGUAAAUUAGCUCAACCCAGUGUCAGUAUUUCUGCUGUCAGUAUUUUGUCUCAGUGUCACACUACUGCCACCUAUCUACAACUACUGGAACAGGAACACUGUCCUGAACUUCAAUUAAACUGUUAAUUUGUUUAAUAUUUGAUCUGUAUUUUUAAAAAAAACCCAUUGUAUUUAUGAGGCCUGUUAUGUCGUAAAUUUAUAUUUACACAAGUGUUACCGUGGUCACUGACAGUGUAGUUUAGUUUAGGCUUUUAGAGUGUUGGUGGUUGUAAAUAGUUCUGGACUACACAUGUGCCUCAGUUAUACAUAUUUAGGAUGUGCUCAGUAUACAUGUGCAGUUUCCAACCGUGUGUGUGUGUGUGUGUGUGUGUGUGUGUGUGUGUGUGUGUGUGUGUGUGUGUGUGUGACAGAGAGAGAGAGAGAGAGAGAGAGAGAAAAGGGAACAUAAUGAACAAAAGAGAUUGAUUUCCUAAAUGUCAUGCAGCUAACUAGUCAUGAGUCCCAAGUUGUCCUUGUCUUCUUUUAUACAACAGAACAUGUAAAAUCACAGCUGCUGUGUCAAAGUCACAUUUGUAAAACAAAAUAAAUAUUUGUAUUGACCUUU